AUGGGUGAUAAGCCCGAAGUGGAAGGCCAACAGACAACAUCUGAUUCUACAAUCGCCCAAGCUGGUAGUCAACCCUCAGAAGAACCUUUGUCUGACUUACGAAGAAGAAAGCGUAUCUACUGGCUGGGUCGUGUAUCAAGUGGUUCUUCUCAUAUUGCAUCACAUCCAUUUGCUAAUCUACAACAGGCACAAAACGCACAUGAAGAGUCCUCUAAUGGUAAUUCUGGUAUCAGCCUACAUAAUGGUAACGGUAAUUCAAGUGUUCAACAACCGUCAAAUUUCAGCCAGAUUGAUCGAGACUUGCAUCUACAACUCAGUAAGGUUUCCAUCAACAAAUUUAAUGGUAACAAACGUGAAUAUCAGAUGACACAGAUGGUCCAAGGAGGUUUUCAAGAACAAGAGCCCAACCGACAUGGCAUCAAGAUUACCAGAUUACCAGCUUCUGUUUUGAGGAGAGCGGAGAUUAUUAGAGCCAUGUUUCCGGAAGAAUAUCUAAGUUUACCACCGCAGAGUGAAAGUUUUAUUGGAUUCCAUACCAACCAUAUGUAA